UUACUCCAUGCUAGCGAAUUUUGAACGGUGCUGUAAAAACUAGAGAAAAUUCGACGGAUCGACCGCCAAAAUGACAAUUGCAGAGGACCAACAGCUCGGACUUUCCGAGUACUGGGAUAGUCGCUAUGCGACGUCAAAUAAUAAUGAGCCAACUCAUGAAUGGUUCCGGUCAUUUUCGCAGGUCCUUCCAUUUCUACAGAAGAACCUCUUGGAGCAACCAGGACGGACAGCACAGGAUAACCCAAGGAUUCUUCACCUUGGCUCGGGCGAUAGUGUUGUACCUGCUGAGCUUGCCGAGCGUGGUUACCAGAAACAAUUAUGUGUCGACUUCUCUCCUGUAGUGGUUGAUAUGAUGACAGAGAGACAUAAGGAAAUUACAGGAAUCGAAUGGAGUAGAGUUGAUGUCCGAGAUAUGCCAUCAAUUGCUACUGGCUCUAUAGAUGUCGCUUUCGAUAAGGGAACGUUGGACGCCAUGAUUUACGGCAGUCCCUGGAGCCCUCCUGAUGAAGUGAAGGAAAAUACAAGCAAAUACUUGAAAGAGGUACAUCGUGCGCUAAAGGCGGAUGGAGUGUUUCUAUACAUUACUUUCAGACAACCCCAUUUUAUGAAGUUGUUACUGAACCCAGAUAACAUCUUUGACAUGGAAAUGGAGGUACUGGGAGACGGUGGAGGCUUUGACUAUUAUGGUUAUGUUAUAAGGAAAUCUCAAUAAACUUCUGAAUUUUCAUAA